CUUGCCCUAUCUUUUCCUUACGGCCACACCCAUCUUGCGUAUGCCAUAAUCAGGCCGCCUACAGCAAGGAGACCUGGACUACGAGCGUGAUGACAAGUUUCAUCGUUACCAUUCGCAUACUGGCGACACUUCUGCCCGCACUGGGUAUUAUGUUCACGUCACUGAGGUUAUAUUAUCGCUGGUCGAGGCAUCACUUCGGCUGGGACGAUGGAUGGGCUGCUUUCGCCAUCGUCUGCGCCUUCUUCUUGACCGCGGGAGCGUGGACGCGAAGCGAUACACCCAAGACUGGACCUUUUCACCACGGUCACCAUGUUCGCAUCAUUGGCUACUACAUGCUGAACGUCGCAUUCACGUGCGUACUUUGGGCAUCCCGCCUGAGCAUCCUCUGCUCCAUUAUUAGGCUCAUACCAUACAUGAUGAGACUGCGGAACUACGCGCACGUCUUCAGCGCACUUUUCGGCAUCAUGUGGGCGGCACUCAUCAUCAUCAAAAUCGUCGUCUGUGAGACGGACACCGCCUGGAAGAAGACUGCGGGUGUCCAAUGUGUCUUAGGUCCUGCAGUUGCAGGUAUAGAGCUUGCAACGGACUUCAUCGCGGACCUAAUCCUCGUUGUCCUGCCAAUCCGCCUUCUGUGGCGCAUCAAGCUCUCCACGGCUCGACGUGCCCUUCUCACGGGCAUAUUUUCAGCAUCUAUGUUCACGACAGUUGUCAGCAUUGUUCACGGUGUCUACGUUAUCAGCCGGAAUCGUAACGCGGAAGGCAUCUGGGCGCAUAUAUUGGCAUCCACCGCAAUGAUCGUCUGUAACCUCGCCGUCCUCGUGACUUGGGCUAUGCGCGCGAUCGGCCACCGCGACGAUAGCGAAUUAUAUAGCUCAAACCGUAUUCAGGGCGAUCCAAGGAGCGACGCCUCCCGGGCCAAGGAUCUGACCACCCUCCGCUUCAACCAUGGCACCCAUCCUAUCGUCCUUCAGUCCCUCGACCGCAAAGAUGAUGGGACCACCGCUGUCAACUCUAUCGCGGGCUCGCAUGCUGGGUCAGAGGAGUCCCUCGCUCCCAUGACAUUCGCCGGCAAUACCGACAAACCCAUAAUGACCAAGGCCGACCAAGCAGCCUACCCCCAGGCCAAUCCUCAGCGAUGACUCCGUGGUAUGACGGUAUUCGGUUGCCCUCUAACCCCCACUCGCCGGAAGACGCCUUGUUGCCUCCCAAUUCCCGGCGCCAAAUCGCAAGACAUGGACUACCCGACGACGGUGAGAGGGGUAUGCGUGUGCCUCGCGUUAGAACUGCGGUGUUACGCUGCUGCCGUCAUCGGCUGCGCUGUGGCGUUGGGAGAUGUACUCAUUGCGUAACUUGCGGGGUCCUUUUGGCACGCCUAUGUUGUGGGUAUCCACCGUGUCCUAUCCGGGGGGAUGUGAUACGUAGAGGAGUU